AUGAAUGAAAUAAUAAAAAUUUGUAAGGAAUUAAGUAAUAGAUAUAUAUAAUCCAUAAAUUUACACAUUAAAUAAUUAGAAGGAAAUUUAAAAUCUUUUUAAGAGAUUAUAGAAAAAAAAUUUAUAAUUUAAAGAUCAAAAUAUCUUUUAAUUCAAAUAAGGGAAAUUAUUAUAAAUAUUAGAACCAAUAUUUUAGGAUUAAAAUCCAAUCAUUAUUCAAAAAUUAUUGAAAAAUAAUUAGAAUUAGAUAAAAAAUUGAAUAACAAGUUUGAAUAGUAAAUGUAGGAAUUCUAAAUUUGUAAUUCAAAUAUAAUCAAACUUCAAUAAUUUGAUCAUAAUUUAUAUGAAAUAAAUUAGAUAAUUAAAUUGAAUAAUAGAAUCCAAAAUAUUAAGAUAUUGAGAAUGAUUAAAAAAUUACUAAUUUAGAAAAUUAGAUAAAUAGUUUUCUAUCUAAAAGGUUAUAAUAAAGUGUUUUAAAUGAAUAGUUUUAAUAAUUAUAAUAAAAUAAUUGUAAACUAGACAAUUAUCAAGCAUAAAUAAUUUAAAAGAUAAUUACAGUAUAAGAUAAAUUAAAAGAACAAUAGAAAAAUUGUGCAAAUGAACAAGGAAUAUUUUCAUAAAAUUUUGAAUUAAAAAUAAAUUAUUUAGAAAGAUUAAAGACCCAUCUUAAUUCCAUUUCUUUUUGUAAUUCAAUAUAAAAUGAAUUCCAGAUUAAAACUAAUGAAAAAAUUUUAAAUUUAGAAAAGGAAAAAAUGAGGUUGUAUAAAGAAAAUAAAUUUUAGUAUAAUAAAAAAUUAAAGGAAUUCAGUUAAAAAGCUUUUAAUCAAUAUUGUCUUUUGAUAUUACUUAAUCCAUAUCAGCCUUAAUUUAAUAGUAACUGUAAAUUAGCUGCCUAUUAAGUAAUUAAACCCAGGUAGCCAAUUUUCUUAUAUUAUUAGCUCCUUAAGGAGGAUUUGGAUUAGCUGUAAUGCAACCUCCAUAACCUAAAGAUAAGGUAACAACAUUCACUUUUAAAAUAAAUGUAUAAAGAUAUAUCUUAUUAAGAAAUUCAAUAAGUGGGCAGGAAUUGGAAUUUGCCAUUUGUAAACAGCUUAAGGUUUUCAUUAUGA